AAUCCAUCCCACUUUGAGAUUGUGAGACGACGACCUUGACGACUUCAGCUCAACUCUGAGAUAAAGCAUUUGGCUUUCGCCGCUUCAGAUCGAUAACUCUUCAUACAAUUCACCCACGUCACAUUUUCACAAUGGCAUCCCAACUGUUACCUCUCGAGCUUAUCGACAAGUGUGUGGGCUCCAGGAUUUGGGUCAUUAUGAAGGGCGAUAAGGAAUUCAGCGGAACUCUCGUCGGUUUUGACGACUACGUUAACAUGGUUCUGGAGGAUGUGACUGAGUUUGACUACUCGGGUAACCACACUAAACUUCCCAAGAUUCUGCUGAACGGCAACAACAUCUGCAUGUUGAUCCCCGGUGGUGAAGGUCCAGAAGGAGCUGCUUGAGAAUGGUCUACCAGGAUCAUAGACAUCGCAAAAUCUCUUCCGAUCGAAAUUCAUCUCGAGCCCAGGACUCCCCUAUUUUAGACUCAAGCAAACCUGGCGCGACCUAUUUUAUACGUGUGUCACAACAUGCACAUUAAGUGGAAACCAGGACCGCAGUAUAGCUCAGAAGAGUCUAAUCUCAAGCUCAUUCCAGUUUAUAUG